GCGAACGGUUUAAACGAAAGUCAGUGCUGUGCUGUGAGACAAAAUACUCGAAAGUAAACUAAUGGAAGAGCUAUAGUGAUGAUGAAGUAGUUUAUUUCGGACAGAAAAAAGGAUAUUCGCAUUGUAAAGAAUUGCAUUGUAAAAUUUUAACAAGAGUUUCUGAUUUUGAAGUGUAAGCAUGUAAUUUUUUUACAAUACAUUCGAUAAAAUAUAUGCUAGCGCAUGCUAUGUAUUUCCAAUAAUUCGUACCACAUCAAUUCGGUUUCCCUGUGAACAUUAAUCCUUAUCAGUGAGGAUUCCACCGCUACGAGAAGUUGUAAACAAAUUAUUCUUAGUGAAUUGAUAAACGCACCAAAUUCACACUAGUCGACAAAUGACUUCAGACAGAUUGAGUACGGUGAACCCCAGUGGUCAAGGCAACGACAAUUACGGCUUGGAAGUAUCCGUAGAUAUACCACCAAAUGGUCUAUAUUCGGGCAGCAGUGAUUGUAUAAUCCAGGAUGAUGAUCCCAAAAAUAAACGCGGCUGUUGUAAUACAACUGGUGAUUGGCUAAAUCGCACUGCUUCGAAUGUUUUUCGCAAAAAAACGCUCUACAAACGGUUGCCAAUUCUAGAGUGGUUACCCAAAUAUGAUCGGCAGGAUUUUGUCGGUGAUUUGGUGGCUGGUAUAACCGUCGGUUUAACUGUGAUACCUCAGGGAUUGGCUUAUGCAGGCAUAACAGGUCUUGACCUACAGUAUGGUCUCUACGGCUGCUUCUUCGGUUGCUUCAUUUAUGUACUUUUUGGCUCCAGCAAAGAUGUACCUGUCGGCCCUACCGCCAUUGCCGCACUGCUCGUAUUUCAAACUGCAAGGGGUAGCUUGGAGAAAACUAUAUUACUUACGUUUCUCACUGGCAUCAUUGAAGUGCUCAUGGGCAUAUUCCAGCUAGGCUUCCUCAUAGACUUUGUGUCUGGCCCAGUUAGUGCGGGUUUCACUAGCGCUGUGUCGCUCAUCAUUUUCACCUCACAACUCAAGGAUAUACUGGUUGUGAGCACAGAUGGCGAUACCUUUGUCGAAAUGUGGAUUUCAAUAGUAAACGAUAUUCAAAACAUUAGCUGGAAUGAUACGGCUUUGGGCGUUGGUUGCGUCUUUCUGCUGUUGGCCAUGCGCUCUAUGACUAUGGUGAAAAUCGGUCCUAAGGAAGGCAAAAAGUGUUGGCAAAGCGUGAUUGAGAAGACUAUUUGGUUGAUUGGUACAUCACGUAACGCUGUACUUGUGAUAUUGGUUACUAUUUUGGGUUACACGUUGCGUAGCUCAGGCAAAGAUAUUUUCAAAAUGGUCGGUUAUGUGCCAAAAGGUUUGCCGGAAUUCAAAGUACCACCAUUCUCUAUGACCACCUACACCGACACAACCAGCGGCGAAGUUAUUGAGAAACACGAAAAUUUCAUACAGAUGGUGAGCAGCUUGGGUGCGGGUCUCAUAGUAGUGCCGUUGAUUUCAUUGUUGGAGAAUACCGCCUUGGUGCAAGCAUUUGCUGAUGGUAAACCCGUUGAUGCAAAUCAAGAACUUAUUGCCAUUGGUCUUUGCAACAUAGGCAAUUCCUUUGCCCAAGGCUUCCGUGGCAAUGGACCGAUCGCACGUGGCGCCGUAUUGAAUGCUAGUGGAGUUAGAACACAGCUAUCGAAUCUUUACACUGGUAUCAUUGUCAUAUUUUCUUUGCUCUGGCUUACACCUGCUUUCCAAUAUAUUCCAAAAUCCGCACUGGCCGCUAUAAUAUUGGCAGCAGUCAUCUUCAUGGUGCAAUACCGCGUCAUCAAACCGAUGUGGAGAAGUAAAAAAACUGAUCUCAUUCCCGGUCUCAGCGCCUUUGUGGCAUGCUUAUUGUUGCCCCUACAGAUCGGCAUACUCGUUGGCAUUGCCAUCAAUAUCCUCUUUAUUCUAUACAGUGCGGCGCGUCCAAAACUGCGCAUUGAAAUUGCAACGACUUCGAAUGACAUCAAAUAUCUCAUGCUCACUCCCGAUCGCUGUCUGAUCUUCCCAUCGGUUGAGUUUAUGCGAAAUGUGAUUAACAAACAAGGUCGCAAAUCGACGCUACCCGUGGUCAUUGAUUGCACCUAUAUAUAUGGUGCGGACUUCACCGCCGCCAAAGUGGUCUCACAGCUAAUUAAUGACUUCGAAGCGCGCAAUCAGAAGCUCUACUUCUACAAUCUGCAGCAACGUGUCGCGCAGGUAUUUGAGGGCCUCAACAAUAAGCUGAUCGUUAUCUACGACGCUGAGCAUUUGGAAAUGGAGUUAUCUGGCAAAGAAAAUGAAACAAGGCAGUAACAUUGUAGAUGUUGUUUGUGUAACAAAUUAAUUAUUAACUAACAACCACUGAAGCAGAAAAUCGAGUACUAAAGUGUUAAGUGGCGAAAGUAUGUUUGAUACCCGUACACUCUUAUAAAUCGGUUACUUAAUACAACCAUAUCGUCUGCUGUUAAAUGGAUUUUGUGAUAUAUAGUAAUAGCUAAAUUUUUGCAUAUCAAAAUAUUUCCCCAGACAUUGGCGCCUUGACUUAUUUGUAGUGCAGUUUAAAUUAUUAUUUACUCGCUACUACUUCGAUAUUUCUUUGUUCAGUGAUAAUUCCGAAAUAUUUAUAUUACUUUAUUCCAAAGCAAAUAUUUUUUUUUUCGUAAACAUAUUUUCUUUUAUGACGGCAUUUAAACGAAUAUUAGGCCUUUAACCUCUUUUGUAAUAUAUACAAACACACAUACGUAUGUAUAUAUUUUUGAUUAAACCAUUUCUCGGCCAAUUCCAACUAAACCACGCAUACAUACACAAACACAUGUAUAUGCGAUAGAUGUGGUUGCCGCAGAGGCAGCAAAGAAAAAGCUACUCAUAAUCGUCGUAUAAAUGAACAUAAAAGAUGGCGCAAAAUUAAUCAUCCAAUUGAAUUUCAUUGAAUUGAAGAUCUAUUUACUAAGUAAAAAAAUUAUUUUGAGCGAUGGUAAUCUUCAUUUUAUCUCAGUUUGGCGUACGACGCCAUUUGCGCAAAUUAUAAAUCUUCCAAAAGAGUGAUUAAUUUUGCGCCACCUUGUGCAUACAUGCACUCAUAAAACAGCACACUGCGUUUUUUAGUAUUUUAAGGAAAUUAUAACUAUGAACUCUUAUAUUUAUGAACUCUAAUUUCACAAUUAAAAAGCAAGAUGCUUUGACUGCACAAAGGUGUUGGCGGAGUGGGAAAAAUACGAUUUGAAAGCGAAAGCAAGUCAAGUUAUUUGCAAAGCUUUUGCCUGAAGCUUUGCUUAUUGGCUAAGAAAUAUUUUCUGUUACGCGCGGCCUCCCAAAUAAUAUUGUUUACGAUAUUCUUAAGAGUUUCGUUGCACAUUAAUAACCUUGCGAACUAUUGUCCAAAUAUUUUUAAUGUCAAAAAAGAGCUUAUGUAAAUUAUUAAAUAAACAAGGAGUUUUGCUGGUUUUAGAUUCCUAUAUUCCAGCUGGGAAUGUAACACCUUUAAAUAAUUAUGAUAAACGAAAAAAACAUAAAAUUAUAAAAACAUUACUAAUGGAACAAAUACGUAUUUCUUAUCCAAUAACUGUAAGAAAACAAUUUGCUAAACUAACAUUUUUUUCACUUUUAAAAUUUAUUAUGCGGGUUGCUGCCGGUGCCUUCAUCAAAUACAAUGUGUAAAACACCUAAUUGUAAUUAAAAAUGUACUUACAUAUAUAAACAAUAUAUGCAUAUAUGCAUCUAUUUAUAAAAACAAAAUAUUCACACACAUUCUCGAACUCCUAUGGCCGCCUUUUUUGCCUAAAAACUUAUUGUAAAUAUUAACUAAUGCAUUCCCAGAUCUGAUCGGAGUUAUGUGCAUAAAAAAAUAAAUAUAAGUAGUUGUCAAUUUGUAUAGUUUUAUAUACAAUUGUUAAGUUUGUCGCUUCAACAUAUAGACGAUUAAUUUUAAGAACAAAGAACAAUAAAAUAUAA